GCUGCCUGCUCUCUUCCCCGCUGCCUGCCUCCCACCGUCCCACAGCCUCUGCACCUAGCCACCAUACAUCUCCCUGAUACAUACUUCUUCCCCUCCAUUUCUGCGUGCGCCACCAUACAUCUUCCUGCCCAUCUUGGAGUGGUCGCGCGUUCGACUGCCGGUGCCGGGGAUAUACAAUGACGGAGGAGCACGGCGUGCCGGUGGCGAGCUGGGUGGCGUCCGGGGUGGCCUUCUGGUCCACGGCGUUCCUGCUGCUGCGGGCGCUGCUCCCCAAGCGCUCCUACGACUUCUGCAACCGGGCCGUCUCCACAAUGCACGCCGUCGCCGGCGUCGGCCUCGGCUGCCUCUCCGUGCACGACUGGGCCUCGCCCGUCUCCCCGGUCGCAUCCCCAUCCUCGCCCAGCCAGAUGAGGGCGCUGGCGGUGACGCUGUCGUACAUGAUCUACGACGCUGCGUGCUGCCACCUGAGCGGCGACGCGCGGCUGGACAACGCCCUGCACCAUCUCAUCAGCAUCGUCGGCCUCGGCGCCGGCCUCGCCUACCAGAGGAGUGGGACGGAGCUGGUGGCGUGCCUGAUCGUCACGGAGAUCACCGCGCCGCUGCUCCACCUCAGGGAGAUGCUCAAGGAGCUCGGCAUCAAGGACACCGACCUCAACCUCCUCGUCGAUAUUCUGUUCGCGGCGACCUUCUCGGUGGCACGAAUGGUCUGUGGGACGUACGUCACCUACCGCACCGUGACGGCCGACAACCCCAUCCUCAUCAAGGCGAUGGCCACGAGCUUGCUGCUGGUGAGCGCCUACUGGUUCUUGCGGAUCGUCAGGAUGGUCCGGCACAAGCUCGGGAAGAAGAGGCCAUCGGCCAAAAUCGCCGCCGAGUGACGUCGCAACGAAUCAGGAAGGCGACGCAGCGAGAAUUAACGGAAAAUUUCUCACUUCUGUGGAGAUCAUGAUGUAGUAGCAUUUUUUUUUCAAGGCAAGACUUGUUCAAACAAUAGAUGCAUGUAACGUAGCAACUUGAUUUUAUGGGCGUGCAGAAUCAGCUCCACUAAUUGCCUUC